ACAGUACGAUCGUUCCCCUUGUAACUAGGCACUGUGUUGGCGGGGUCAAAACGAGUGUAUCAAGAUGGCGGACUCGAACGAAAAGUUGUUAGCAGAGCUCCUAAAAAAACCUGGAAAUAACGUCUGUGCUGAUUGCGGAACUAAAAAUCCAGAAUGGGCUUCAUACAAUAUUGGAAUCUUUGUGUGCACAAGGUGUGCCGGUGUGCAUCGAUCUAUGGGGGCUCACAUAUCAAAGGUGAAACAUUUAAAGUUGGAUCGAUGGGAAGACUCUCAAGUAACUCGCGUUCGCGAAGUUGGUAAUAAUGUGGCACGACUUCAUUAUGAAGAACGAGUACCUUCUUGUUAUCGAAGGCCCAAUCAAGAUGCACCACAAGUACUAGUGGAGCAAUGGAUACGAGCUAAAUAUGAACGUGAAGAAUUUUGUCACCCAGAAAGACAGAAUCAUUAUGUUUCUGGAUUCAUGGAAGGAUUCUUGAUGAAGCGAGGAAAAGAGGACUCAAAAUAUCACCCACGAAAAUUUGUUCUGUCAGAGGCCGACGACACGUUAAAAUAUCAUGUCAAAGAGAACAAGGAACCAAAAGCUGUACUCAGGAUAUCAGAAUUAAAUGUUGCAUUUGCACCUGCAAAAACUGGCCUUCAAAAUAGCUUACAAAUUUCUUUUAUGAAAGAUGGGACCACAAGACAUCUUUAUGUCUAUCAUGAAGAUCCUGAAGUUAUAACAAACUGGUACUUGGCCAUUAGAUGUGCAAAGCUGCAUCGCUUACAAAUAGCAUAUCCUGGAAUCUCAGAAUCUGAAUUACUUUUGCAACUGACAAGAGAUUUUGCCCGAGAAGGGUAUCUGUGGAAAACGGGUCCAAGGCAUUCAGAUGCAUAUAAGAAAAGAUGGUUCACUCUAGAUGGUCGGAAGCUGAUGUACCAUGACGAGCCUAUGGAUGCACAUCCAAAAGGAGAAAUUUUUUUGGGAUCCACCAUGGAUGGCUUCGCUGUAAAACUGGGUGUACCAACCGGUGCUAAGGAUCAGGGUUUUUCCUUUACUCUUGAGACACCUGACAGAAGUUAUUUACUUUCGGCUCAAAGCAACGAUGAUAGGACGCAGUGGAUGAGCAUCAUUCAAAGGGUGAUUGAAAAACCAUUGACUCCACAUGAUAUGUCGAUAGCAGCGCGUUUAGUGAGGAAACGCACAGCAAGUGGUACCAUGAAUAUUUUCUCAUCGGUGAGGUAGGGCUGGACCCCCUUAGUCAUCUGUCAUAAUUAGUAAAUACUGUUAACUAGGAGAUCGAAUUAAACUAGACGUAACAUGAGUUAUGAUUCAUUGAAAAAGGACUAUUUAGUCCAGAUUUUUAUACUUAAUAGAAGCCUCAUUGCACGAUACUGUGCUGUACUGAAGCAUUUUGUGAAAUGUGCAGAUCUCUAUGUACAAUUCAACUAAACCGAAAAUCGGCUUGCGGUAGUAAUUUUUUAAUGGUACUAUGAGCCUUCAUACCAGAUAACAUAGUUUCUCAGCAGUGAUUGUGAAGAAGAGCGUAAGUACUAAAGCACAAGAGUCAACUCAAAGUUACAUGUACAGCUGUUGUUCAGAACAAGCUUUAAUAGCACAUGAAAUUUGCAAAAUAUUAUAAGACUGGUAAUGAAACUAUUUACAUGCAGUAUCGGUGUCCGUUUAAUUUAGAGUUUUUGUAUUACUAUAUCAUUAUAAUUGGGAAAUCAGAGAAAUGUAAAUGCUGAUAUCUUGAAACAUAUAAGGUUUAGUGCGUAUACAGUCUACCUUUUAUAGACAUGUAGAUCUAGUUGCUUUGCGAAAUCUUUUACAAAUAACACGCGAUAUAAAAAUAAAUUAGCAUCAUUAUUAAAAUCAUGUCUUAUUCAUUAAAGUAAUAAUUAUUCCCAGAUAUCAAAUUAAACACAACAAACUUGGAACAAAUUCAGAUCAUACCUACGUCUGUUUUAUUUGUUUGACACAUACGUAUGUAUGCCAUGUGUACAAAUAAUAUAGUUGUGUGCAUAUCGACGGGUCCUAAUAAAAAAGGCGUAUCUCCUGAUGGUCAUGAAUAUUUUCUGUAAUAAAAACCUGCUGUUCAAAUCAAAUUCAAUUCGAUCAGGUUUAGUUACAAUAUUUAAUUCUUUGCAUCAUAAUGUUUUUGUUUUAACAGUUCCAGUCAGUACUGUCAAUAUAUCCUCAAUUUUUAAUGUGAAGUCCAUCAAUAAAUAUCCAAGUAUUAGAAGUUGGUAGACAACGAUUUAAAGGUAGCCUAAUACUUUUUUUAUUUAUCUCACUGGGAUACGUUUUCAUACGUUAGGAUCCAUUGAUCGCAUGAGUUGCAAAAAUAUACUUACAACGUUAUCAUUACAAAUUUGAAUCUGAACCUUGAGAAGAAGUUAACAGUUGCAUUGAACAAUUGCGUAAGAGGCUUGGAGAGCACAUCAGUACUCCUCGGCUGGAUCUCGGGUGGCUUUCGCCGUAUAACCACCGUUUAUAUCUGUUAGGAUGCAUAUUCUAUGGAAUUUUGGUGUUAAAUAAAAACGCUUUGCUGUGUGAGCGUAUCAGAUUAAAUCACAAUAUUGCCCGGCAUAGACAUAACAACCGGACUGAUACGCUUCUCGCACCAAUUCCUCGCACGUCAAUCUUGCAGCACUCAUUCCUAGUUGUUGGCACUACCUUUUGGAACUCCCUACCGCCAAUUGUUACUACUUCGAUGUCAUUGGAAGUGUUUAAAGCAGCUUGCUUCAAUCAUCUUAUGGCAAUUGAGCGAGCUGAUGUGAGCGCGUUGGAUUAAUGUGCAGUUACAUGCCUGUGUUUAAUUUGAGUCCUGAAUCUGUGAAUCACUAUUAUGUGCAAACGUGCUUUUUUAUUUUUAUUUUAGGCAGCCUAGUGCAAUUUAAGCUUUAUUAUUUUCUUUUUCUUAUUAUUGACAAUUGACGUUGAGAGACCAUACAUAUAGUACUAUUAUUAUUCUUAAAAUGUUUUUUUUUUUUUUUUUUAUUGCUUAUUGUUAACUACGAUUUUCAAUUAUUCUUUCAACUAUUGUUCUUAUUGUAUGCUCUGUAUAUUUUUUGUAUUUUCUUUAGGCCGUUAGAGAAUUUUAAUCCUACAGCCUGUUUAAUAAAUUACAUUACAUUACAUUACAUUAUUAACGCAAUAAUGCUAUUCUUCAAUUCAGUACGUGUGGUCAAUUGUAAGGGGAUUUCGAACAAUGUAGAUGUAAUUAUUUUUCACUGGAUAUGUGAAUUAAUUAGUAGCUAUAAAGGAAAUGUAACAUGACCACAUUAACAAAUUAUAUAGUGAAUAGCGGAAGAAAGAAAAUAAUCGAUUAGAAAAUAAGAAUAAUUUUUUGCAAUAUUAUUAAAUCUGGCUUUAUUUCAGAAGUCAAGUACGAUGUUUUUUGCACCAAAGUUUCAUUAAAGGUUAAUUUUAAUUCAUCAUUUCACUACCUGUUACAAAUAGAUGUUUUCAUUUAGAAUAACGAUACAGAUAGAUGGAUGAGAAAUAUUGCUCUUUUAUAAAUAAAUGAUGCAUAUUGUGUAUUCAUGAUGAUCUAGUAGAGUAGUACAUCUUUUUGGUGCAUCAUUCGCGAAUUCAUAUUUAAUCAGUGUAAUUUUGAAUUUGUUGCGAGCUCCUUAAUGUCCAACAUCUAUGGAGGCUCAUAAACUUAAUUCAAUGAACUUUGAAUAUGUAACACAAUUAGAAUACUAGUUUCUUCAAAAGUAAGCUAUAUUGAAAAAAGUGUUUAUUUCUAAUUCUAAUUGAUGAGAAAAAAUCUAUUGUGCAGCGGUAAUUUUUGUUAGAAGUACAUGAAUAUAUCUAUCAUCCAAUUCAUAUCCUGUCUGAAAUUAGAUGUAAGUGAACAAAAAUUUCUAAUUCAUAAGAGGCCUAUGAUGCUGUAUAUGGGGUAUUCCCUGUCAACUACACCAAGUUAUGACCCUCAUGUUUUCUGCAUUUUACGAAAUUUUUGUUAGGUGUAAUAGGACUCCCAAAACGCAUGACUCCAUUUUUUUACAUUUCUUUAAAAAAUUCCCUACAAGUAAUGACUAAAAAGUCCUGAAGAAACAACCUAAUUGUAAAAUGUGAGGAAAAAAAAUACCAGAAACGCUGCAUUUUAUUCCAAUCAUUUUAGCAUAAGGCCCAUGAUGGUAAACGAUCUACUUUUAGGUGUCUAAACACCUACAACAUUUUGUAUGCAACUAAAAGCAGAAAAAUGUUAGUUUCUUAUAGUGUCUAUUAAAAUUACAUACUGAAUGUUUUUCGGUCAGCAGGAAUUCUUUUACAAUCGCUUUAUAUAAGUGGUGUCACUACGUUCAAAUUUUUAAAAGACGUUUACCGACUUCUUAAAGUGUUUUAAAAAAUCGGAAAAGUUGCAACUUUAGCCAAACAUAGAAGAAAAUUAUAUUUUUGGUUAAAUAUAAAUGUUCUUGUUGCCUAAACACCCCUAAAGAGGUUAUUUACCAUCACGGAUCUUGUGCCCAAAUGAUCGGAAUAGGGUAUAAUACUUUUGGUAUUUUUCCAGAUUUUACAAUUAAGGCGUUGCUUCACGACCUUUGAUAGUUUUUGUUUGUAGGAGAUUUUUCAGGGAAAUGUAUUAGGAAAAAUAAUUCUCAUUCAGGUGUUUUUGAGGUUUUAUUAUACUCACAAAAAAUUUUAGGAAAAAUGAAGAAUAUGAGGAUCAGGAUCUGGUCUAGUUGACAAGAAAUGCCCCAUAUGUAUCCGUACUGCAACUAUUGCGGUAAUCAACGAGUCCUACAGAAAAAGACGUAUUAUAAAGAUCUAAAAUGAAGUGUCUCAGAGAGAUGAAUAGAAAAAUCGUAUUUCAGAACGAUGAAUACUGUAAAGAUUCUGUGAAGUAGGCUCUUCGAGUUUUGCAUGGGGACUAUGUGUUUUGCGUUAAGCAUUGUAACUUGGUUUUAUAGUUAGCAUGCAGCCUUACUGAAUUCUCACGAUGUAGCUAUACAUCAUUUCAAAUCUGUAUAAUGGUGAUGUCGGGUACAAUUUUUCUUUUCAUCUCGUCAAGAUACGUCUUUACUAUCUAAACCCAUCGUAGUAGACACAUAAUUGAAUAACGAAAGAACAUCGAUGGCUUGCAACAAUAGGUAUACAAUAAACGACUGAACUAUUCUAAAAAAUUAUAUACUUAGAUCAUAAAAACUGAAAUAAAAUAAAAACGGAUUGAAAAAAAAAACAAGUUUUAAAAGAAAUUGAAAUUUUAAAUUGACCUAGCCAAGUACUGAGCUACACUGAAUCGAAAAAUAAAAAUGUAAUGUAAUAAUGUUCAUAUAGUUGUACACCCAUUUUCUGUACACAAGAAUAUUACCGCAUAUUGACAAUGAGAAAAAAGGUUGAUUGGUUCAACAACACCUUCUUUUUGUUAAUUACAAAGAAAAUGUAUUAGCUGAUGAAAAAAAAUGUUUUCCAUUCUAACAAAUACAAUGCGAUUGGGAAAAAAUAACUUUGUUUUGCCACCCAUGAUAAAAUUAUAGUUGCUCUAAACAAUUCUUUUUCUCAACGUGCUGUUUGCGAUUGUUUUCCAAAGAGAGUUACUUCUUGUCUUUGCAAAACUCGAUCUUUCAACUGUUUUAUACUCAAACUGAUAAGUAUAUUGUUGAAAUGAUGAUACGCAAAUUAGGUGACAAACUGAAAUUAUAGUCAUUGUCACCUAAUUAUGUACUUCCGAGUAAUGUCGAUUUUGACUUCCCUUGUUUUAGCAGGUCAGAAAUAAGGUUGGUUCUGGUACUCUUCGACCAAUAACAGCGAUACAUUUAGCUAGCACGACAUGUGUUGUUCAAUGCGCGCAAGUCAAAUACCAGCGAGACCUACCUCACUUCUGACUUGCUAAAAUUAGAAGGCUCAGAAUUGUUUUUACUAGGCUGUACGGCGAACUUGUAAUUAAUAUUGUUACUAUGUAAUGUUAUUGUAUACAAACACUCUUUAAAUUAUUUUAUAUACACAGCAACUAUUAUAAAUUUGAUAAUACAGAGGCGAUGCCGAAAAACUGUUAAUCUUUACACUUGACAUUUUUUUGACAUCCAUAUUGCAGGUGGCUCAAUCACCAAAAUAUUAGGAAGUACGUAUAUUUUCAUAUAAAAAAUUUCAGACCAGGUCAAGGACUGAAUAAGAAGAAAAAAAAAACAUGAUUGAAAUCUGAAUUUUUGAUGCAGGGCUCAUGGAAGGAUUACCCACGAAUAACUUAUAUCAAUAAUAUCUUUACAUUCACUCAAUAGAUGUUUACAAAAAGACGAAAUGUGAACUUAAGUUUAUUCACAUUCCAAUACAAGUGAAGAUUUUACAAUACAAUUAAAGAGAGCUAUAUUCGAUCGUAUCAUCACAAUUAAGACUUUGUACUUCCCAGGUCCUUGUGAGUCAAUGGGACCCCACGUGCAGACGAAGGGUUAAAAAAUCCUAACCAGGCCCUGUUGACGCUGGUUUAUGGGCCGUUUCAUAGAAAACCCUCUUGAUUCAGCUUAGUCACUCAUUGAAUCUAGAAGGGCAAG